CGGGAGACUGGGCGCACAUGCUUCCUGCGGCGCGAGUGCUGAAGAAAGUGUGGAUUCUUACAGCUGGCAGGAUUUUGUCUGCAACUUAGGUGUCCCCUUUUAUUGGAUUUAGGUGCCUGACAGCACCACAGUUGUCAAAGCUGCACUCCAUACCCUUGAGAUCCUUUUCUUUGCACAUGAUAAUGGAGCAGCAAGCAAGUCCAUACCAUUCUGGAAUGGCAGAGAAGAGGGCAUUGGAGGAGGAGGAGGAUGGAACACUUGCUGGAUCCAAGAGAGUAAAAUUGGAGCGUGAAAAUGGGGGAAGCACUGCAGAGGAGGGCUCAAUGGAAGUAAAAGAAGAAGAGGAGGAGGAGGAAGAUGAGGAGGACAGUGAUAGUGAGAGCUUUGCUGACAUGAUGAAGCAUGGCUUGACUGAGAUGGACGUUGGCAUCCUCAAGUAUGUCAGCACACAUGAGGGCUUCUCUGGGAUUCUUAAAGAAAGGUACUCUGAUUUUGUAGUGCAUGAGAUCAGCAAGCAGGGCUCAGUGGUGCACCUAGAUGACCUGACUGUUCCAAUGGAUGCUGAGGAUGCCCCUAUUGAUGUGUCGCAAGUUCUGACGGAGGAGCAGAAGCAGGACCUUGAGGAGCUACAGCAGUUCAAGAAUAAGGAAAGCAGUGUCUCAAUUAAGGUCAUUGAAGACACAAAGGAGAAACGCACCCUCUUACAUCAAGCUGUAAAGUCACUGUUUCCGGGGCUUGAGACCAAGACUGAGGAGAGAGAUGGGGGCAAGUACAUUGUGGCAUAUCACGCUGCAGGGAAGAGAGCUCUAGCAGAGGUCAGUGCUGCACCAGCACCAAGGAAGCAUUCAUGGCCCAAGAAUCGAGGAAGUUUUUGUCAUUGUGUCCUGUACAAGGAGAACAAAGACACAAUGGAAGCCAUCAAUUUGCUGUCUAAAUUCCUACGAGUGAAGCCAAACAUAUUCUCCUACAUGGGAACGAAAGACAAAAGAGCCAUUACAGUGCAACAAAUUGCAGUUCUCAAGAUCAGUGCUCAGAGGUUGGCUCAUCUCAAUAAAUGCCUGAUGAACUUUCGCCUAGGCAACUUCUCCUAUCAGAAGCACCCGCUUAAGUUGGGUGAGCUACAGGGUAACCAGUUCACUGUGGUGAUACGGAAUAUUUCUGGAACAGAUGAGCAGAUACAUAAGGCGCUGACUUCCUUGCGAGAUGUAGGGUUCAUCAAUUAUUAUGGAAUGCAGCGCUUUGGGACCACAGCAGUUCCCACCUAUGAGGUGGGUAGAGCCAUCCUGCAGAACAAUUGGAAAGAAGUAAUGGAUUUAAUCUUAAAGCCCCGACCUGGAGCUGAAAAAGGAUACCUAGUGCGCUGCCGGGAAGAGUGGGCUAACUCCCAGGACCCUGAGGCUGCUCUCAAAAAGCUUCCAGUCAAGAGAUGCGUAGAAGGCCAGCUUCUGCGAGGACUUGCCAAGUAUGGCAAGAACAAUAUUGUGACUGCUUUUAGCACAAUUCCCAGAAAUAAUCGCUUAAUGUACAUCCACAGCUAUCAGAGCUAUGUAUGGAACAACAUGGUUAGCCGCAGGAUAGAGGAGUUUGGUUUGAAAGCUGUAGAAGGGGAUUUGGUGCUGCAUGGAGCAACAGCAGUGCCAAUCUCUGCAUCUGAGGCUAACCAGUACUCUAUUCAUGAGAUAGUUAUGCCACUACCAGGCUUUGAUGUCAUGUAUCCAACCCAUAAAGUUGGGGCAGCCUAUAGAGAGAUGCUGCAGGUAGAUGGUCUGGACAUUGACAACAUGAAACAUAAGAUCCGGGAUUACUCACUAUCAGGAGCUUACCGCAAGGUCCUAAUACGGCCUAAGGAUGUCCACUGGGAAGUGAUUGCAUAUGAUGACCCCAAGAUUCCACUGGUGCAAACAGAUGUGGAAAAGCUUGAAGGGAAGCCACCACCCACAUUUUCUAACGCAGAUGGAAAAUUCCGAGCUUUGCGUAUGGACUUCUCUUUACCUCCUUCUACUUACGCCACUAUGGCCAUUCGUGAAGUGCUCAAGAUGGAUACUAGUAUCAAGAAGCAGACACAGCUGAACACAAUAUGGUUGCGUUGAUUAAGUAAUGAAAACAUUCCACCCUUCACUGACUGAGAGAGCACACAAGACAGACUUGCCUGCUGAUAUGAGUCUGUCUGCUAAUCUUUGUGGAGUGCAUGUGGUGGAACAGUGGAGCGUGCACUAUUUUGUGUCUCUGAAGAGUAAAUGUAUUUUUAUCUCUGUAUUUACUUGAGUGUGCAUUCAAACAGUGGCCAGUUUUGUAAGUGCAGCUAAGAGAUUUGUGGCUCAUGUCUGUUAGUUGUGUUUAUGUAUGGAAAGUAUGAGGUUUCAUGUCAAAAGGAGCAUAUCUGAGUGACUGUAUUUGUGCUUUGAGGUGGUUGCUCCUUUUGCUGUCCACAUAUUUUAGGAGCUGCUAUUUGGUCUUGUCUAUAUACUUAAAACUGCAUAUGCCAGUGCCUUAGUAUUGGAAAUUUGGACAUUAAUACCUCAUUGAAGGGCUUUAGCUCUUCACCCAAUCUAGUUCCAGAAUCUAAACACCUGUACUAAUCACUCAUUCAAAAGCGAAUGCUUUUCUUGAAUAUCCACAGUAGAGAUCUUGGACAGGAGUAAAGUUAUGUUAGCUCUCCAAAUGGCAUAUUAAUAUUUAAUUUGAGUGUUGAUGACUAUUAUUCCCUGCUGCAUGAAGAGGUUAUCUGCAAAUGUAAACUGUUUUGGAGCUAUUGAUUAUGAGACUGUGUCAUGCAACACUACACUGAGCAGGUAGCAAGAAUACAUUGUGAAAUAUAGUCAAAGCCAUCAUGUCCAAUACCUGGUUUCCUGUAUUGUGGCCUUUUACGUUUCUUACACUGUGGAUCUAGUUCCAGACCAGCACAUUCCUUCUGAAGGCUAAUCAUACACAUGCUUAGCAUCCCAGUGAUGUAAUAACUAUCUCUCAAGGGAAUGUCUCAGUAUCUUGUCUAUUAAGGAAUUUUUCGUGUAGCACAGAACACUUUAUACAGAAUGUAGAGAAAAGGAAUGUAAAGCCUAGCAUGCAAGCAAGGCCUCUUUAAGAAGUAUCUCUUGAAGUAUGGAACUGUUUUGCCAUUUUUACAGGCUGAAAGCUCACCAACUCAGACUGAAGUUUUUUUUGCAAGUGACAUGCACAUCCUUGAAUAGAUUUUAUUUAAGAGACAGAGGCAGCACAGUUAAGAAAUGUUAACAUAUGAUACUAUAUCUUUUUUUUAAUCAAAGAUAGUAAAUGCAGGGGGAUAUUUAGGAGAGUUGACAGUAAUGGAUUAAAAGCAAGAUUUAAAAAAAGCUUAGUAACAAUUGAUGAAACCUGGAUGGGACAUAGUACACAAAUGAGCAAUUUUCACUAUAUCUGAACUAUACAUAAACUUUUUGGUUGAACUGUGAAUUGGUCCUGGCCCUGAGUGGUUACUAGCUACAAUUGUUUGCUCUUUUCUGAGUGCUAACAUUGAAAAUGGUAUAGUUGAACAGAGCUAAAUCAGCUACAAUAAGAAAAAGAUUAAUUCACCUGUAGCAAAUUACAUAUACUGUAAGUUAACAUUAAAAAGUUUUGUUUUUUUUUAUUUGAAGAUGAGAAAAAGUACAAGAAACAAAAUUAGUAAUUGUUCUUGCACAGCAGCAGACAAUCACAUGCCACCCUGUCUGGCACCACUGUGCUAGUUGGUCACCAUCUCUUGCAGGAUGAAAUCUGUGACAGCAUUGCAUAGUUUAUUGCAUGUUGUCUAGGCAGACAUGACAAGGUUGUUGUAAAUAAUAACAAUAGUUAACAUUUGGGAAUGCAAAUUUACAGAAUGCAAGCUGUUAUAAACUGUCGUGUAAACUAUGACAUAAAGUAAAUGCACAUACAACCAAAUAUAUACAAAUUUUUAUUAUCUGAGGAAACUCCAAAUUACUGGCAGUUUUUUCUGCCUCCUGUGAGCAUUGCUGGGGAAAAACCUUCACCACCACUCACUAACCAUACUUGAUUGAGUGUCAGAAAUUACCUUCCACAGCUAUUUCAUCUGCUGGCCUUAUAUGUUGCAGAAGGACAGUGGACAACUCUUUGACAGACCCAAGUAGUAAUAAGAAAGAAAUGUGCAAUGUCAGUUUGCAGACAAUCUAUGGAGUAUAACCUAUGCGGUAAAUUGACAGGACCUCUGGGGUUGGCUUAUGUUUUUUGCUGGCGUUUUCCGAAUAGUUCAGUGUUGUCCUGUAAAGAAAAAAGUGAGUUUAGAUAAUGAGUGUUUUGUCCCUAAGAAGAUAAAGAUCAGAUCCUUCUGUAGUGCCCAGUCAAUUAAAAACUCUCUUUGAACUUUUUUGGUCCAUUGAUUACAAUUCUGUAGGCCCUUCUAAAUAAAUUUAACAUAAAA